UUACGGCGUGGCGCCAUUUUGAGAGAGCGCGCAGCGCGGAGAGGAGCUGGAGAACUGAGCAGUAACGAAACUAGUGAAAGCGACCAGUACAGACUGGUGUUACAGUAACAGUCUACACUGGGAGGCUCUGUGGGAGCUGCUGAAGUCGUUAUUUUGCGGAGCUCGGAGAUUCUGCGCGGAUUGGAUGCGGAGCUGAGGUGAACAAUGACUCAGUUUCUGCCCCCAAACCUGCUGGCCUUGUUUGCCCCGCGGGACCCCAUUCCGUUUCUGCCACAGUUGGAGAAGCUGCCCCAUGAAAAACACCACAACCAGCCGUACUCUGGGAUCGCUCCCUUCAUCAAGCACUUCGAGGACCCUAGAGAUGCACCGCCACCCACAAGAGCCGAAACGCGCGAGGAGAGGUUGGAGAGAAAGAGGCGUGAGAAAAUGGAGAGGCGGCAAACGGUAGUGGAGACAGAGCUGAAAUUGUGGGAUCCUCAUAAUGAUCCAAAUGCCCAAGGAGAUGCUUUCAAGACCUUGUUUGUGGCUCGAGUUAAUUAUGAUACUACAGAGUCAAAGCUGCGCCGUGAGUUUGAAGUCUAUGGUCCUAUUAAACGAAUCUACAUUGUAUACAACAAGAGGACGGGGAAACCACGUGGCUACGCCUUCAUUGAAUAUGAACACGAGCGAGACAUGCACUCUGCCUACAAGCAUGCGGACGGUAAAAAGAUUGACGGCCGGAGAGUUCUUGUGGAUGUCGAGAGAGGUCGUACAGUGAAAGGAUGGCACCCCCGUAGGCUUGGUGGUGGUUUGGGUGGCACAAGAAGAGGUGGUGCGGAUGUGAACAUCAAACACUCUGGCAGAGAUGACACAUCACGCUAUGAUGAUCGACCUAUUGGGGGUGACCGUGACCGCGAACGUGAACGCCACGACCGCAGUCGGGACCGUGACCGUGAUAAGGAGCGCGGUGAGCGUCGCCGCUCUCGGUCCAGAGAGAGACGCAGGCGCACCAGAUCUCGCGAGCGUGAAAGACCAAUGGGAGCUGGUGAGGAUGGUGGCGGCCGGCGAAGGGAGAGAGAGAGGGAGAGACCUGAGGGAGGGGAGGGCAAGAGCCGAGAGAGGAGCAGAGACCGCGACAGAGAUAGAGAACGCAAGAGGAGAAGCAGGAGCAGGGACCGCAGGAGGGACAGGGAGAGGGGCAAGGGAGCCGAAGGAGGAGAAGAGGGCAUGGGGGGUAUGACUGACGGCAUGGGAGAGGGAGGAGAGAGGGGGAUGGAGGACCCCAGCGGAGGAGAGAUGGGUCGAGGAGAGGAAGGCGGUGUGGAGGGAGAGGAAAGAAGCAGGGAUAGAGACAGAGAGAGGGAUCGGGAUAGGGACAGGAAGAGAAGUCAUAGAGAUAAAGACAGGGACCGGGAUAGAGAGAGGAGGAGGGACCGGGACAGAGACCGUGAGCAUAAGCGAGACAGAGGCGACCGAGAUCGAGGGGAGCGCAGAGAGGAUAGACAUGCCUCUAUGCUGAACCCUGCUGGAGAUUCUGAAGGAUUGGGUAACGGAGCUGAAGAAGGAGAAGAAUCCAUCCCACCACAGUCUGAAGAAGGUUCUCAGGACGGGAUGAGCAUGGGCCUGAACCUGGGCAUGAUGGACCAAGAUUCCAUGCAGUCUGGAGAGGGCUACGCUUCUAAUGAGAAUGGUUACAAAAUGGAGGCACAGGGUGACGAAUACUGAAUAUAGUUUUUGUGGGUUAGAGUCUACACUCUAAAAACAGAUGUGCUGAAAACAUAGGACCAGUUUUGAAGACUUAGAUCAGGCCUAAGCCUAUCCCAGCUCAGUCCAAAACUACAUGUAAAAUCCAUGCAUGGCUAAACGAGUGCAUAUCUUGUAUCUACGUGUUAAGUUAAGGACAACACAUGAAACAAUUAAUUCAAAACUAAUUGUAUUUAAACAAAGAGAAAGAUCACAGGAACACAGGCGGAAGUGGACAUUUGUGUUAAACUUUCCAUUUAAAAGUGUUAAAUAUUAAACAGUGGUUGUGUUCAAAAUAAGAGAAUGUGUUGUCCUUUACUAGAUGCCCAACUGUGUUGCAUAAUGGAAACAAAGCAUAUUUUCACACAUCGGCUUUGAGAGUGUAGUGUCUGUGGGAUAUUUCUGUUAUAGUCAAUCACAGGAGUCAUUUCAAGGUAGGAUGUAUUUAAGAUUUAAUAUGUUUUGAAUUCUUCACUACUAAUGUUUCUCCAGCUGCCCAACAGCAGCAGCGUGUACAGUUCUGUUUGCCUUUGUCAUUAUGUGGAUCACACAGCAGCGGCUCUACGUCCAAAACCAAGAGAAUUGUCUUUUUUAAUAAUAAAAAAAAUAAUUGUUGCCAUAGGUUCACAAAUUGCUCUUUUUGUAAUUAGCUUUACUUGUUUUGAAAAAAAUAUAAACGUUAUGUGAACCUGUCCCUGUUGUGGCAGUUUUGCCUUUUUUUGGGUUAUGUUUUGCAUCUUGAUUUUCCCUAAUAAAUCCACAUUUUUUAAUGAAAAUA